GAUUUGGUCUGCAAGGAAUAUGAAGUAUGCAAAAAGAAUUGUUAUGCAGCUUUGGAUGUUGGAAAGUAAAAUGAGGCAUCACGAAGCUAGAAAUGCGAGGAUAACGUUGAUGCGAAGCGACAUAGACAGCCGCAACUACAUCGCUAUACGAUUUCAAUGCACCACUGUAAGACUUACAUGUGACAACUAAUGGUCCAAGCUCAAGCAUUCGUUUCCUCACAACGCGUCAAGUCGCGUCUCACUCCACACAUGAAAGAUAAUUCCAAAUAUUUGCAUCAAUUGACUCAACUGCAACUGCACAAAUCUCAAAUAAUAAAGGAUUCCAUCGAACAAACACGAACCACAAGCACCAUGCUCGCAAUCCGUCCACCAUCCAAACAACCUUCCUCCAAACCCUCCAAAAAAUACACACCCAACCUCAUCCCCUGCCGCAUAAACCACACCGCACCCAUCAAAAUAGAAAAAAGAUAUUGGGAACCUAAACUUACUAAAAAUGCAAAGGGGAAAGAAGAUUUAGUGGCAUAUUUCAGAGGUAGAAGAUUAAUUGGGAGAAAGGUUAAGGUUCCGGAAGGAUGGAGGGGUGUUGUUUUGAGGGUGGGAGAGGAAAUUCUGCCGCGGGAAGUUGAUGUCGAUGUUGAUGUUGAGGAUGAGAGGAUGGGAGAUGGGGAUGGGGAUGAGGAUGAGGAGGGAGAUGAUGGGGAGGAAAAGGAUGUGGAAACGACGAUGGUGGAGGAGGAGGGUACUUUUGAUGAUUUAACGGUUUGGGGUCAUGAGUGCUUGGUUGACGCGGGUGGGGACAUGGUGGUUAGAGGUAUUGAAGAGUGGAUGGGUUGGGCGGGUGCGGUAUGUUCUUUUUCUUCUGGAUAUUUUGGCCAUGGAAUCGAAGGAGAGUAGGGUGGGGGGCAGGCUUGAGGGACGGUAUGAGAGAAUUGUGCUAAUUGGUGGUCUUAGAUUCACGCCUUCGAUUACCAGACAAAUAAGGAGGACAAAAAGUCGACUUGACAAUUGAUAUUGGAUCUUGGUUUUAAUGGGAAAUGGUGGUGUUCAUAGCGUUAAUUAGGAUGCAUUAGUGACCAAUCUGUUGGAUUCAGCCCUGUAUUGGGUACAUCAUAUUUAUUGGCACGGGUAAUUGAGGGUCGCAAAACAUACCUCGGGGUAUUUGGAUAUUCAAUGAUUGGAGGAGCAUGGGCAGGGCUAGAAUGCGGCUUGAUGCUCUAAUGAGAUGGUACGAAAUUUAGCAGCAAGAGGA